AGCCGCACAGGGUUCUGGGAAACAGAGGGCGUCUUGUUCUCUCUGCUCUGUGGAUAAGAAGUUGAGACGGAGCGGUCUGUCGGUAGCCGGCUGCCCGUUGCUCCCCCCCCCCGCACCCCCCGGUCCCGGAGUCUUUGAACCGCAGGGUCUCAUGAGGCCGCCUCCUGAGGCUGGGACGGUCUGCUCUUCCAAACGGAAGAUCCUGUCGUAACCGCGAAGCGGCCCGUUUUGCAGCCUGCCCAAGUUUGCCCAGCGCUUCUCCUUGAUGAGCCUUAACGAGCACUCGCUGCAGGCUCUGUCCUGGAGGAAGCUCUAUCUGAGCAGAGCCAAGCUCAAGGCUUCGAGCAGAACGUCAGCCCUUCUCUCAGGUUUCGCAAUGGUAGCUAUGGUGGAGGUCCAGCUGGAGCCCAACCAUGACUACCCCCCCGGCCUGCUGAUCGCCUUCAGCGCCUGCACCACUGUGCUGGUGGCCGUGCACCUCUUCGCCCUCAUGAUCAGCACAUGCAUCCUGCCCAACAUCGAGGCGGUGAGCAACGUGCACAACCUCAACUCCGUCAAGGAGUCGCCCCACGAGCGCAUGCACCGGCACAUCGAGCUGGCCUGGGCCUUCUCCACCGUCAUCGGCACCCUGCUCUUCCUGGCCGAGGUGGUGCUGCUGUGCUGGGUCAAGUUCCUGCCCGUCAAGAGGAACCCCCUGUCCCCGUCCGGCGAGCACAACGCCACCGAGACCAUCAGCGCCGGGGAGGCGGCGGCCAUCGCCUCCACGUCCAUCAUGGUGCCCUUCGGGCUGAUCUUCAUCGUCUUCGCGGUGCAUUUCUACCGGUCGCUCGUCAGCCACAAGACAGACAGGCAGUUCCAGGAGCUGGAAGAACUUUCCAAUUUUGCCAGACUCCAGAACCAGCUGGACCACAGAGAAGCUCCGAUGCAGUCACCGAGCAGUCAUUUUCCCUAAACGGAAAAUAAACGCCCCACUUGAGCCACUGAACUCUUGAUUGUUAUGGCUACUGUAAUAUGUUACCUGAUGCAUGGACGGGUUCUACUGUUUUAAACUAAUGACUGGUUUUUGUUGCCUAGAAAACAUCAUUUGUAAGAUUUACUGUACAGUUUUGCUGCUGUUUCAAGGGGUUUUGCAUAUCUGUGCAUAUUUUAUAUAGAAAUGCAGAGGUUACAUUUUUACAGUCGACGGAUAAAGGUGUUUAGCACUGCAGUAGCGCAUGCAUUUUUAAGUUUUGAUUGGAUUGUGUAGGGUUCUGCAGUUUUUCUUAUUUUGCCCCCUCUUAUCAGUAUAUGAAUUGUAAGAAAGAGAACCUAGAACAUUGAAUGAUUUUUGUGCAGUGCAUUACUUUUGCUACAGUAUUCGAUCAUUAUUGAGGCAAUUAGUUGUAAAAUGUUUUCUUUGAACUUGAUACAGCUUUAAAAAAUAAAUAUAUAUUGCUUAAAAAAAGCAAUGAGAUUUCACAAGAAUAGUUGCCUUAAAUUGUAGUGGUUACCUCAUUAACAAGUUUUAAAAAGGCAUUGUAGAAUGAGUCUGCAAAGUCAAGAAUCUUUGUUCAAUGUGCCUGUUUAAUACCCUUUUAAUAAUCUGUCAUAAGAUGAAACUGCUUUUGUAUAGUGAUGAUAUGAAAAUAUAAGGUGAAUGACAGAUCCCUUGAAUAUUUCACUGAAAAUCAAGGGACUAGCAUCUUUAAAACCACAACAUAAAUUAGUUGGGUUUAGCUUCAUAAGGACAGUGCCAAGUCUUAAUAUGGCUCUUUGAACCAAAAUUGUUUCAUCUUAACACUGCAUUUGACUAUUCCACUAUUGUGGAAAGAUACAUUAGUAGAGGUACAUUCAAGCAAAAAAGAAAAUGUUGAAACUAAUUUUGGAAUUUAGUUGUAUUUAUAUAUUUUGUGGCGAAGAAAAAGGUGUUUUUAAUAGGUGAAUGUUAAUGGAGUCUACUGUAAUCAUUGUUGGCAAUAGGGAGAAAUGCAUCCCACUGCUGGCACCUACUGGCCAUUAAGAAGUAGUGAAUUAAGAAAUGCUCUGGCCAGACCGCUACACUGGAUCCUGUUCUUCCUGAUAAUUUGAAGACUUGAGUGAACAGCACAAGCCAUGAAUUCCUAAAUUCGGAAGCUACAAAACUGAUACAGACUGUGUUAGCUAAUACCAUGACAAGAUUGUUUUUUAUACUCAUAAGGUCAACUUAUUAGUAUUUAAUGAAAUGCUGUUCAAGAUCACUGGGGAAAAACACUUUUGUUUAAUAUUUUAUGACUGUUAAAUGUACAGUAUAUGGAAAUCUUUUCUUUACACACACACCAAGAAAAGUCAGGAAAACUAAGACUGCAAAAUGCUUUUCAGUGAUAUAUUUUCUUUAACUUAAGUAUUGAACUGCUUAACAAAAUGAGUAAACUUCUGAUCAUCUGUACUAUACCUACAAUUCAGGGUACUUCUAAAUAUAAUAUAUUUCCAAACCUAUCUAGUGCACAGAUGAUUACAAUAGGUUUGUUAGUCUUACUAUUUUUUAACCAAAAAAAGUAUACCAAGAGUGAAUGUGUAAUCAGCUUGUUCAUUAAAUUAUUUUUGUCAAUUGUGUAUUUUUAAACUUCUGAAAGCUGUAAAUGUCCAAAAACUGCACAAAAGCAAUGGUAUUUAAAUAUACCUUUUGUAUCCUG